GAGCAGGCAGAGCCUGGGGGUGCGGGGGACCCCUUGCUCUGCUCGGUUUGAUUCCUUUCCUUUGCUUUUUCCUUCUGGGAAGGGAGGCAGGAGCUGCCCAGCUCUGCCUUCCUUGGCUCACACCAGAGUUUCCUGUACCCACUUUUCCUCAUCCCGAUGUUUUCUAUCCCACCAUGGCUCACCCCAAUAUUUUCUGUCCCCACCGUGCCUCACCCCGAUGUUUUCUGUCCCCAUUGUGCCUCACCCUGAUGUUUUUUGUUCCCACCAUGGCUCACACCAGUGUUUUCUGUACCCACUUUUCCUCAUCCUCGUGUUUUCUAUCCCAAAUUUUCCUCACCCCGGUGUUUUCUGUCCCACCAUGGCUCACCCUGGUGUUUUCUGUCCCCAUCAUAGUUCAUCCUGAUGUUUUCUCUCCCCACUUUUCCUCACCCCGAUGUUUUCUGUCCCCAUUGUGCCUCACCCCAAUGUUUUCUAUCCCCACUUUUCCUCACCCCGGUGUUUUCUAUCCCCAUUUUUCCUCACCCCAAUGUUUUCUAUCCCCACUUUUCCUCACCCCGGUGAUUUCUCUCCCCACUUUUCCUCAUCCCAAUGUUUUCUAUCCCCAUUGUGCCUCACCCCAAUGUUUUCUAUCCCCACUUUUCCUCAUCCCAAUGUUUUCUAUCCCCACUUUUCCUCACCCCGGUGAUUUCUCUCCCCACUUUUCCUCACCCCGAUGUUUUCUAUCUCCACUUUUCCUCACCCCGGUGUUUUCUAUCCCCAUUUUUCCUCACCCCAGUGUUUUCUAUCCCCAGACAAGGCUGAGAACGGGGAGCCCUACCAGCGGAGGAGGGGAGUGGGGUCCCCCCUUGCCGAGGACCCCCCGGCAUUCCCGGCUCCCCGUGACGGAGCCGCCCUGGCCGGGAGCAGCAGCUGGAGGAGGAUCACGCUGAUGAUCCUGGCUAUCACCAUCCACAACAUCCCCGAGGGCCUGGCGGUGGGAGUUGGAUUCGGGGCCGUUGGAAAAUCCGCAUCCGCCACAUUCCAAAGCGCCAGGAACUUAGCCAUUGGGAUUGGGAUCCAGAACUUCCCGGAGGGCCUGGCUGUCAGCCUGCCUCUGCGUGGCGCGGGAUUUUCCACCUGGAAAUCCUUCUGGUACGGCCAGCUGAGCGGGAUGGUGGAGCCCCUGGCCGGCGUGCUGGGCGCCUGGGCCGUGGCGCUGGCGGAGCCGCUGCUGCCCUACGCGCUGGGAUUCGCGGCUGGAGCCAUGGUGUACGUGGUGAUGGACGACAUCAUCCCCGAGGCACACACCAGCGGUAACGGGAAGCUGGCGUCCUGGAGCUCCAUGCUGGGAUUUGUGGUGAUGAUGUCCCUGGAUGUGGGGCUGGGAUAGGGCAGCGCCGCGUUCCCCGCAGGAGCCGUCAGAGCCCCGCGUGCCGCGGGAUUGGGACCGGCCGCGCCUCGGCCCGGGACUGGAUCUGUACAUAGAUUUUUUUGGGAUCUGGUUUGGUGUUGAUUCCCUCUGAUUUUGUAUCUCCCCCUCCCCUCCGAGUUCCUGGCGAGCGCAAACGUGGGUGGGUCCUCCCAGAUCCUGCUUUGGUUUUCCUCUUGGAAGCGGUGUUGGAUGGAGCUGGGCUGGAUUCUCCAAGGAAAGGCACUCGGGGUUUUGAUCGGAGCUUGGGAAUUCCCUGUCCCGUGUGGAGAAGGUGACAAAGCUUGGGAUCGCAGCUCUGCCACGUCCUGCUGCUCCUCGGGAAUUGGUUUGGAUGGAUGGAGACAGUCCAGGCAAAUAAAGAUGAAAUUCCUUGGGAUCUCUGCAAGAGGGAAAUGUCAUUUUUUUCCUAAACGUGUCUCCAGCGGGCAGUGUCCAAUGAUCCGGGGUGUUCUCUGGGGGAAAAUCCAGCAGGAAAGGAGGAUUGGAGCGUUUUCCAGCACGUGACGGGGCUCCACACGGGCCCUGCCUGGAUGCAAUUCCAUGUGGGGCUCUCCAGCCUUCCCAAGGGACUCAGAAUUCCCUGAAGAGCCAAGCCAGGGUUAUCCCGGUCACCCGCAGGAAGAGCCGAGCCAGCACCGGAGCGUUCCAGGAUGAGCGAAUGAAUCCCUUGGGAUGAAUUAAUUAUCCCACCCGGAGAGCCAGGAACACGCACGGGGCUCUCUGCCCCUUCUCCCGCUGCUUCCCAAGUUUCUCAUGGAAUGGCUCUUCCUGGGAGCUGAGGAUUGAUCCCGGCUGAGCAGCGAGUCCCCCGGGCAGGAGGGAAUUGCCGGGGUUGGAAGGAUGCUGCAAAUCCCAGCUCCCAUCUCCAGCAGCAAGGGCUUCCCUGAGCCCUCCCGUGGGAAUAACUGGAUCUCCUGGCUGCCUCCUGCUGCUCAGCCCCUCUGGAAGCGGGGCUGGGAUAUCCCGGAUCCGCCUUUGGUCCCGCCGGAGCCCAAGGGUUGGAAUAAACUGAGCUGGGGCUGGCCCUUUUUGUAUGAUCCUUGUUUUUCCGUUGGAUUUCCUUUCUGUGUCCCCCUGGAUGAUCCAAAGCUCCUGUUUGCCCAUGGAUUUGACCUUUUAACUGUGAUUGCUUUCAAUAAAUGGGAAAUGGAGUUUGCA